GCAAACUCUGCAGUUUAUUAGUAAGUGGCAGUUGCAAUUCAUCAUGGAAUUACAGCGCAGUUUGCUACUUAUUGAUGCUACCAUAUCGCUCCUCAUUGGUGCUUUACUGUUUUUUACACCUUCUCUCAUCGCUUACUCUGUUUUUAUACAAGAAACAGAUGGCGUCCAUUGGCAUCUGCUUAGAUGUAUUGGAUGCCAACGCAUUGGCGCUGCUUUCCUAAUGUACCGCUUGAGAAAUUCUUCAGUGGAAGCACUCUCCACUUGUCACCUCGUUCGAAUUCUAGAAUUGAUAUCAGUGCUUCUGGUUUUGGUACACUGUUCAGCAGAAACACCAAAUUUGAUUCAUCCUAACUACUUGGAAAUUGCCAAAUAUUGGUGCUACGGUUGGUUAGCAGUGAAUUUUUGCCUGCAAACAGCUCAUCGAUGGACACUAGGGGAAACGAUUAUCACGAGUGUUACGGAAAAUAUUCUGUUUCAGAUGGAUAGCCUUGUAUCUGUGAUUAUUGGUGCUGCAUGGCUUGCAUUUCCGGAAUGGUUGUUACAUCGACAGGUUCGUGUACAUUUGGGUAAAUCGCAUGAAUUCUGUGCUCGACUUAUGGGUACUGACUUCCUGACCUUUUAUUUGGUCAGCAGUCAUGCUUUACAUUGGAAAAAACCGACAGAUCGUUUGAUAGCUGUCGAUUCUCGAACUUUAAUUUGUGCGUUAACUCUGGCUUCACAAGUAUGGUCCCAAUAUGCCUAUUCAGAACACUGGAAUGUAAGCCAUUGGGUUGGCAUAUCGCUAAUCUCAUCUUGGACGAUCACCACUCUUUUACUACGAUAUCAUUCCAUGGCACAAAUAAAACGAGCAGAAGAAAAAACGAAACUACAUUGAUUUGGGCUUAACAAGGAAGUAUGAUUCGGAUAAAACGCUUUACACUGUCAACUCUGCACAUUAUCACAGAAGCAGUGACAUUCUCAUCUCGUCACUUUUUCGAAUUCUUUAUAUUUCUUGAGUUACUCUUCAAAAGAGAAUUUAAUUGGUAUUCUUAGAAUUGACAUUUUGCUUACGUUAUUAUUGCAUUUAUCGCUUGCCG